AAUUGGAAACUUCACACUAAACGCAUUAUAAUGUUCAACGAGGAUAUAGAUGAUGAACCUUUUAUUCCAAAAUACCUUAAAGGCACAUAUAUAGAUAUACAUAAUCAAAAUUCAGAACGUUAUGAUCUAUUAUAUCUGCCAACGCGCUUCGAUGAUUCUUUAUCAAUGUAUAUUGGAGUUGGUUUUUCUGAUGAAUUUGAAAGUCGUCUUAGAAUUUUACCAGGAUGGUAUGAAGGAACAAUGGGAUAUCAUGGUGAUGAUGGAUGUAAAUUUGAUGGAGAAGGUUUAGGACAAAGAUACGGUCCUUUAUAUAGUACAGGAGACACUAUUGGUUGUUGUAUAAACUUUGUAGAUAAUAAUGUUUUCUAUACAAAGAACGGAAUCAAUUUGGGAAUUGCUUUUGAAAAUAAACCAAAUGAGGAUAUGUUUCCUAUUGUUGGAAUGAGAACUCGUGGCGAAAGUGUAGAGGCAAAUUUUGGAAUGAGCCCAUUCAAAUUUGACAUUGACACUUAUACUAAG